CGUUAGCUCAGAUUAGGCAUUGUGGAUAGAAAGAGAGAGAGAAAGCGAGAGAGUUUCUAGUGAGAGAGAGAGAGAGUUUUUGGAGUUAGGUGGUGGCCGGUGGUCUGUCGUAGGGAGGUUCGGUGGAGGCGCGUGGCUCAAGCUUCGCCAUUUCUCUUCUGUUUUUGUUGUUAAAGCUUGCAGUGAGUAGCAAUGGACAUGUGUGGCAAAUCCAUGGUAGCAGGGCAUGCUAAUGUGAUUUUCCUGUCGACUAUUCUGGGUCGAGAUGGGCUGAUUCCUGUUCACAAAUGCGACUGGAAGUGUGAAAAUGAGCAUGUCUGUGGGAAUAUGUACCGCUGCAAACUAACUGGACUUACUCACAUCUGUGACAAAAACUGUAAUCAGAGAAUUUUGUAUGAUAACCAUAGCUCACUGUGCAGAGCAAGCCGCCAAAUAUUUCAGCUUACAGCAGUAGAGGAGCAGGCUGUGAGAGGUAUUAGAAGGAAGGUCGAUGCAGAUAACUCCACAACUGAUAGUUGCUCUUUCAAGCGUAGACGCGAUGCACAGUUCCACCCUUCUCCUUUCGAGAGAUCCUUCUCUGCUGUCAGUCCAAUCUGCAGCCAAGUUGGAGACGGCAUGGAUAUGAACUAGAGUUAUGCAUAAAUGCGAAGACAUUAUAUUACUUACUUUUCUAAAUCUUUGCUCUUCUUUUUUUUUUCCUCUUUUCUUGGAACAAAUCUGGAUGAUAGAACUUUAUGUGAGAAACUUAAAUGGUGGACCUGAUGUGUCCUACCCGUAUGUAGGGACAAUCUAUAUUUCUAGUCUUCUUUAAUGCAAUUAGAUCUUCCAUAA